AUUUUAUCCCGACAUGGUUUCUCAAGAGCCACCAACUUUCCAAAUCCCUCGUUAUCAUCCGCUCUCUCACUCUCUCUCCCUCAUCGAGCUUCUGCUGGUAGAGCUGCAGCGUCGCAAAACCAUAUAACAGAGGACUGAUUUGCUAAUUAAAAUCUUCAAGUCCCGAUGGCAUGCGUGUCGUACCAGACGGCUGGAUUAUCAUCGUCGACGACGACACGAGCAGUGCUGCCUCGCAUGUGCUACCGUCUCAAUCGUGCGAGUACAGUCGUGGUCGGAGCGAACUCCAGGAACAGAGGAUUGAGGAGACUGAACGCGGUGGCGGAGACGGCAGCGAUGGAGGCAGUGGAGCUGAAGAAGGGGAUUGCUGAGCUGUACGACGAGUCGUCUGGCUUGUGGGAGAACAUCUGGGGCGACCACAUGCACCACGGAUACUACGACCCAGACGCCGACGUUUCGGUCUCCAUUCCCGACCAUCGCGCCGCCCAGAUUCGCAUGAUCGACGAGGUCCUCCGAUUCGCCGGCAUUUCUGAGGAGCCCCCAACUAGACUUCCUAAGAAUUUGGUGGAUGUGGGAUGUGGGAUCGGAGGGAGCUCCAGAUAUCUGGCUAGUAAAUAUGGGGCCAAUGCCAAAGGCAUCACCCUCAGCCCUGUGCAGGCUGAAAGGGCCAAUGCUCUUGCUGCUGCCCAAGGGUUAGCCAAUCAGGCUUCGUUUCAAGUUGCAGAUGCUCUGGACCAACCAUUUCCUGACGGGGAAUUUGAUCUGGUAUGGUCCAUGGAGAGUGGUGAGCACAUGCCUGACAAAGCCAAGUUUGUGAAUGAGUUGGUUCGAGUUGCUGCACCAGGAGCAACAAUAAUUAUAGUCACAUGGUGCCACAGGGAUCUUGGUGCUUCUGAAAAAACCUUGAAGCCAGAUGAGAAGAAUCUCCUGGACAGGAUAUGCAAUUCAUUCUAUCUUCCAGCCUGGUGUUCCACUGCUGAUUAUCUCAAGUUACUCGAGUCCCACUCGCUCGAGGACAUCAAGGCGGAAGAUUGGUCCCCUUAUGUUGCCCCGUUUUGGCCUGCAGUUAUCCGCUCGGCAUUGACAUGGAAGGGUUUUACAUCGCUGUUAGGCACCGGGAUAAAAACAAUAAGAGGAGCAUUGGUAAUGCCAUUGAUGAUCCAAGGAUUCAAGAAGGACCUAAUCAAGUAUUCGGUGAUUACGUGCCGAAAGCCGGAAUAAACACUGCCGUAUGAACGGGUUUUUCUAAACUCUGAUGGCCAGAAACAGAAUCAAAAGCUGCAUCUAGUUCUUCCCCAAUAAUCUGUGCUGCUGAGCCACAUUGUUUCGAUUACGAAACAAUUAUUAGAGUGAUCAUACUUUAAUUAUUUGUGGCUCUUCUGGAAAGGCUUUAGACUUCCUUCUGAUACAAUAUUGUUUCUGAUUAAGAUAGGAAAAUGAAUGAUUUGGAAACCUAAUAUAUAUAUUGGAAAUUUGAUGCGGAUGAUAACCAUGAUUAAAUA